ACAACAACAACAAUGUAAAGCAAGAGCGCUCCUAGCCGAUCAACCGUCACCGGGGAACGACGAGACAUGGGCACGUCUGAAAGCCGAAUUUCCGCAUGAGGAUCCCGUACAAGUGGAGCAGGCCAUCGCCGAAGCCAUAGCUGCAAGCCGCACCGAGGAGGAGGAAGGAAGCGCCCCGAGAUGGAGGCCAGAAACCGAGUUCGAUCCACAAGUACUCCUUCAAGUCAUCAACAGCAGAAGCUCUAACUCUGGAGCAGGAAAUGACGGGCAACGUUUCUCCCACCUUAAGUCCAUCGUCAACACUAAAAUUGGUCGGGAAGAGUUCAGCAACGCGAUGUCGUCCCUUUGGAGGAGGCUCAUCAACGAUCCCAACGCGUUCCCACCGGAGUUCUGGACCCUUUGGAAACAAUCCAGUCUAAUCGCCCUCGGUGAAAAGUGCCGUCCAGUCAGUGUGCAUUGGAAUUGCUUGGAGAAGGAAGGCUGAUUGCGGCGGGAACGGUCAGGGAGUGGAAACCGAAACUGAAAGAAAUAUUUCGGGAAGCGGACCAAUUCGGAGUGGCGGUAGCUGGAGGAGUUGAAUAAGUUGCAUGGACGCACAACUGGUUCAUCAAACAGGUCAUUGGGUGGUCCAGACGGAUUGCUCAAAUGCCUUCAACACGGGCAAGCGCACCGCCGUAAUGGCUCAGGCCGCAAAGAGCGUCCCAGAUCUCGUGGGGUACAUCUCCAGGUGUUACGACGAAAUCCCGGCAAAGGCGAUAUACACGAUGGACUCCGGAGAGCGUCGGACGAUCGAGUGCAAGAGCGGUGUGCAGCAAGGAGAUGGAAUGGGACCGCCCCUGUUCUGCUUCAUCCUAGUCCCGAUCGUCUUGAAGCUUGGAUCCAAGUACGACCACCUCGGGGUGAUACCGGACCUCGUCGACGAACUAGAAGCAGUGGGCAUAAUCGUCAACAGGGGGAAGAGCUCAGCGCUUCCCCCACCAGGGCAAGACGUGACGCCAGCAGAAAGGAGGCUACUUGGCGAUGCAGGCCUACCGAUUGCGGAGGAGGGCAUCACAGUUGUGGGAGUCCCCAUUGGGACGGAUGCCUACGUCGAGGAUUUCGCAAUGAAAGCGAUAACUGAAGGGGGUGCAGACAAGCUUGCUCGCAUGCUCGUGCGCAUGCCAGACAAACAGGAGGCGCACUUCGUCAUAUCACAAUCGCUGACACAGCGAUCCGGAUAUAUCGAGAGAGGCAUCAAUCAUAAGCUAGUGAGAGGGGCUUGUGAACGCCUGGACAAUAUGGUGAUGUGGGUCCUAGAGGCAACGAUGGGGCUCAGAGAUACCGAAGACGAAGAAGAGUUCUUCCAAGACGACUGCCAGCCUGACCGCUUCAAGUUAAAGCCCUAUCAACAAGCCCAGGCGCGCCUGUCGACAGGAGCCGGAGGACUAGGAUUACCAGCAGCCGUUAUGCGAAGGUUCUCAGCUUCUCUGGGUAACCUAGUCAGCACCCUUCCUGCGGUUAUAGCCGCGUUACGGGGUCCAUUGGGAGAGUCGGUGAGAGUUCGGAUACCGGGAACCGUGUUGGUGGAGCGGAUGGGGGACGCUAUCAAAGAACUCAACCAGGAGCAUGGAGUAUCGGUGGAGAUUCUGAAGGGGAUCCUUCCCCCGUCAUGGGUUGAGUGGGCCUUAGAACCGACAGGAGAAACCGGAAGGCGUCAGCCCACCGUUGCAGAACUGGCAGCACACGAUGGGGAAUCUACUACGCCGAGGAAAGCCCAGCACAAACUGGGCAAGGCGAUUAACAAGAUACAACUUGAAAAGUUCAUGGAGUCUCUGGAGCACCUCCCCCAGGAGGCGGUACCACCCACGCGGGACAGCCCCUACGGAGGUCAAGAGGCCAGGAACAUGGCAUACGCACGAACGAGAUGUUCGCAAGGGCAACGGGGCCGCACGUUCCUGAGAGCGGCUCCCACCGACCGAGCUCGAGAGAUUCCAUCGAACGAAUUCGUCUACGCGACGAGACGCGCCUUGGGAGUUGAAGAAUUCUUGGCGGAAAGAUGUCCCAGGUGCCACAGAGGCAGGGAAGGCGAGAUCAUCACAACGGUGCACGCAAGGACCUGUCGAAGGGANCUUGUUUGAGAGUAGAUGUGACAGAUUUGCGUAGAAUAGGGUAAGAUGUUAUCAUGAACGGAGAUGAAAGGGCUUUUCCAACACGGAGAUGUAGCAUGGAUCAAAGCAUUUGUUGGAUUUCAGCUUUUACAAGCGGACAUCAACGCAGUAGUAUUUUAGCAAGCUUACGAACGCAUAUAGGAUACCAUCAGGAUUGUCAUUGGUUGGAUGCUGCCCUCCCCUUUUUCUUGGCUGAUGCUCUUGAAGACGAUGAUGCCUUUCGCUUCUGCCAUACAAACUGCUUUGCGCUUGAACCAGCAGCCGAUUCAGGGUGGGUUGGCACCGGGGUCUUUUUCUUGAGGUGGGACGCCACAUGUUCGUUGAGAUGCUGCGAGCGGAAGGCCUCAAACUCCGCAGCUCUUCAAUGACUUUCCAGAAAUCGUGAGACAGAGGCUCGUUGUUUAGAAGGUGCUUCUUGAUGUGCCCGAGCUGGCUCGUCGACAGUUAGUUCUUGUUGAUCUCUGACAAUACCAGCUUGGUCAAGCCCUCACGAGAGCUGGCGGAGAGAACCAUCAAAGCCGUGUACAGCAGACAGCAUGUCGUGGUUCGCAGCCUGUCUAGUGUGCUGUGCCAAAGCUUUAGCGCCAGCAGAGAGCGUGGCAGAGCCCGCAGGGUCGGAGGGGGCGCCGCAAAAAAAAACGCUGCCCCCUCGUCGUACAACUAAUANGAUCGACCUCGGACCAGUCAACGCCAAUGAUAUGGGGAUGGAGUGUAGACGCAUCGUAGAACGCGUUUUCGUUUGAAGUUGGCGUCUUGUUUGAGAGUAGAUGUGACAGAUUUGCGUAGAAUAGGGUGGCCAGUGGGCAUGGUGACGGGGGGGUUGAAGUGACCUGUAACCCCUAGGCGUUGUGCAACCUGCGUAACCCGGGCGGACGCACCGUUGCCAACCUCCAAGGUCAGGCAGGGUUCCGGAACGCCUGCCCAAACCCGUUAUGGGACAUUUGCAUCUAUCAUCUAUGCUUGGUUGCAGGCGAGGUGGUCCAAGCCUGUCCAUGCCUUCCCGCGAAAGCUAUGUACCAGCCGGUGUCCACAGAGCACACGACACACCGAUUUAUCGGUUUAUCGGACAUUCGCGGCAAAAAAAAAAAAAAUGCUUCAAGAGUGCUGGCAUUUGUAUGCCCGAUUUUUUUUAAGUUGACUACCGCGUUCGACGCUCAAAAAUAAAUGAAACCAGUACACCCCCCCCAUCUCCGCACCACCAGUACUAUUUUCAAAGGAACCUCCUCCUCGCCGCUGAUCUGCAACUAAUUGCCCACCGGUCGCCCCGCGAGUAGCCCCUCACCCCUUGGUGAGUGCUAAUAUUAUCUUGCAGCUGUUGCGUUUUGGGGGCUCUACUGUUCUUACACCACAAAGAAAGAAAGGCGGGUGGGUUCGUUCUUGUUCUGAACACCACGUCGGGCCUGAGUACGCACGCACGUGUGUUGCUAUUAUUUUUUAUUUAGUUAUUUUUGCCUUCCGACAAUUGCAGAUGUACCUCAGANCGCCGAAAACAGGCGAACAAGAUCGACCUCGGACCAGUCAACGCCAAUGAUAUGGGGAUGGAGUGUAGACGCAUCGUAGAACGCGUUUUCGUUUGAAGUUGACGUCUUGUUUGAGAGUAGAUGUGACAGAUUUGCGUAGAAUAGGGUAAGAUGUUAUCAUGAACGGAGAUGAAAGGGCUUUUCCAACACGGAGAUGUAGCAUGGAUCAAAGCAUUUGUUGGAUUUCAGCUUUUACAAGCGGACAUCAACGCAGUAGUAUUUUAGCAAGCUUACGAACGCAUAUAGGAUACCAUCAGGAUU